AUGGUGGUGCCAUUAAGUUCUAAAGCUAAUGCAACAGCAUCUUUGCUCUUAAAAUUAACGUAUCCAAAUCCUUUGCCAACUCUACUGUCUUUGUCUUGAACUAUUCUCACAGAUUCUAUUUCACCACACUGUUUAAAAUGUUUCCUAAUUGUAUUAAUGUCAAUGUCUGAAAAUUAUAGUGUAUUAUAGUAUUAAAUAAUUUUAUGCUUACUCUUUACUACUUUUAUUCUAAUAUAUUUACUUACUAAAAUGUAAGUUUCCUAUGAAUACAGCUUUUUUUGGAUCAUAGUCAUUAUCUGAUUUGUGACUUGCACGCACUUGUAAAUAAUUUCCUUCAAAUAUUUCUCCAUUUACAGACAAAGCUUUUUUAACAGACUCUUCAGAUUCAAAUUUAACAAAUGCAUAAAUUGAUUUCAAUUUAGAAUGUAAAUCAUUCGUGAUAGCUGCAGUUCGUUUUGGUAUAUUUAAAGAUUUUGGUAUUUUACCUCUUAAACGUACAGUAUCAAUUUUCCCAAAUUUCUUAAAUAACUUCUCUACUUUUUUUUUUGUAAUAUUCUUUGGGAGGUUAUUGACAAAAAUUGUUCGUUUAUCUUUUUUUAAAUCUUCUAAGUAAGAAUCCUCUUCACCAGAAUUAUUUAUUGAAUUACUUUUUUCAACUUUUUCUUCCUCUGAUUCUUCAUCUUCUUCAUCACUUAUAUCGUCAUCUUCAUCAUUAUCAGUUGGCUCAAUAAAAUCAUCAUCAUCAUCAUCAUCAACAAUACUAUUACCCAAAAGUACUUUUAGACUCAAAGAUUCAUUAGCCUCUUCUUCACUUUCUGAUUCCUCAUCUUCUUCUUCACUCUCUGCUUCUUUAUCCUCUUCUUCCUCCCCUAGUUCCUCAUCUUCUUCAUCAUAACUAUUAUCACUAUCUGCUUUAUCUUCAUCGUCGCUGUCAUCAGUUGUAAAAUCUUCUACAUUAUCAAUGAAAUCAGUGCUCUUAUUUGAUUUUAUUCCACCAAACAUUUUUACUCUUUUCUUUAUUUGUACAUCCUUGUCGUCUUUAUAAUCUUCAUCAUCCUCAUCAGAUUCAUCAGCUAGACUGGUUCCAAGAAUAUUUGACAAGGUUCUUUCUUCUUCGCUUUCACUGUCAUCAGAUGAUUGACUUUCAUCACUAUUUUCCAUUAUGCUAUCUUGUAAUACAAUUCCUUCAUUGAUGUCAUCUAAAUCAGAUUCAUUCUCUUUGGCUUUUAUUGAAUUCUUUUUUUUUAAUUGUUUUGUAGAUUUUUCUUGUUUUUUAAUAUUUUUCUUUUUUAAUCUUUUAUCCAUUUUCUGAGGUGUAUUAUUUUCCAUGCUGUUAUUAUCUAACAGUUUCGAUUCAUCAAUCAAUACAACUUUUCCAGUUGGUGUUUGUUUGGAUUUUUGAUUUUUUUUCUUUUGUACAAAUCCAUGUUUUAGCGUGUUUAGAAAGUUUUUAGAAGUUAGAUCUUUAUUUUCCUUUAAUAGUUUAACCAUUUUUAUUAAGAACUUUAUGUAGUCGUUUGAAGUAAAAGUUAUUCUGUUAUAAAUACAAAAAACUGAUUAAAGUUUUUUACAUAUUUUUAUUCUGUUUCAAAUAAUUUAAAUUUCAUUCAAAGUCGUUAAUUCCACGUGUAAUACAUUGUGCACUAGUUAGUUGAUUUGAUACAAACUAUUGAUAAUUAAAUCAUCAAAUAUUAAAAAUUAAUUAUUAAUAUAUUUGAUAAGAAAUAACAUUAAAUACUCACCACAAAUACGUGUAUACAAGACAAAUCGUCAAAAAAUAGUAACUUAAUCUCAAUACACCGAUUCAGAAUCAAAACGCUUCAGCGCCAACAGGAAGAACAGACUCAGCCAUUAAUAUUUUAUAUCGGUUUUUCAAAUAUCAACGUACUAACGUAAGACGAAAUUCUCUACGUCAGAACAUUUCAAAUAAAAUUUCCCUAUCUAACAGUUGAUUGUAAUACUGUAGCUUUUAACUAUAUUUAAAAUUGUUAUAAAAUAUAAACACUCUAACUACAAAAUAAAUAUAUACAUAUGUUGUAUUACUAAAUGUGAUUUAUUGCAGUGUUAUGUGUAAAUGUUAUAUCAAUCUGGAAGAAGAGGUUAUGUUUGAAAGUAUAUUUAUGAUCUUGUAAGAUCCUUAAUUUAUAUAAUCGUUCGUUACGCAAAUUAAUAUAUUGAUUUUUGAGGAAGAUUUAGGUAAAUUUUCGUCCACAUUAUGUUUUUCUAUGAUAAUAUAGAAUUAGGUUAAUUAUUGAACUAAGUGCAAGCUGCUAGAAUCAUGUGAUUGUAUUUUUCAUAUUUCAGGUACUUUAUUUAUGUAUAAUGGAUGAAACAGAAUUGUUUCAUAUUUUUCUUCAAAUACACCAACCUCAAUUAGAAUCGUCUGGGGUACCAAGAAUAUUCUGGUUUACUUUGUUAAAAAAACUUCAAUAUCAAACAUUUGACUCUGGUUUGAUGUUUCAGUUGAUGAAAGUUGAUUAUGACAAUGAUAAGAAAGAUUCAAAAGAUCCUGUUUGGAAGCUCUUUGUUUCAUGCGAGAAAGGUAUUUCUGCUCGGGAUUCAAAUAAUAUUUUUUUGAUAGAUCAUGCAUGGACAUAUGAUGUCAACAAUGCCAAGCAAAAUUUAUCAACGAUACCAGAUUUGUUAGAUCGUAUGUGUUCUUUAAUGGGUUUUGACAUUGAUGCAAAUAAAGAUGAAAAAAUAGAUUUUGUAUUAAAUGAAAUGUGGAGAUACAAUCAAUCUUUUUCUGUAAGUAGUGGAUCGAUAGAGGAUAAAAUGCCAAUUUGGUAUAUCAUGGAUGAAGUUGGAUCAGCAAUAAAUCAUAGUGAUGAACCCAACUUUAGAACAGUGCCAUUUUUAUAUUUACCAGAGCGUGUUACUUACACUCUUUUGUUUCCUAUAGAAAAUGUUGAUUGUAACGGAGAAGUCACAAGAGACUUUGUAGAAGGUCAAACAAAUAACAAAAGAAUUCGGCAAGCUUUAUUGUUACCUUGGAUAGAAACAUCAUUUAUCGAAGAAGGUUUUUUGCAAAUAGAACCGAACGAAAAUUACUUUUUAGCAGGACAUAUUCGUGAAAGUUUACCAGAUAUAGUGGACAUUAACUGUCGAACACAUGAUACGAAAUUAAGAGUUUUUUCACAAUAUGCAUAUGUAAAUGAAUAUCUCGAUGACCCUAGAUUUGAAAUUGUUAACAGUGAACAUCAGGCGGAUAUUUUGUGGUACACCUCACAUUUCAAGGAAUAUAAAGAACUAAGCUUUCAAUCGCCAUAUGUUUUCGUGAACCAAUUUCCAUUUGAGAAUGUUCUGACUAUUAAAGAUUUAUUGUCGAUUAUAUGUAGACGAAAGGCGACGGAAAGAUACUUUGCUCCUGACACACUUGAAACUUAUCCAAGCUGGCUACCAACUACUUUCAAUUUAAAUACAGAAUUGGUGCAAUUUGUCGCAUACUUUGAACGAAGGAAAUCAAUGGGUUUAGACAAUCAUUGGAUUUGUAAACCUUGGAAUCUUGCUAGAGGAUUAGACACACACAUUACAAAAAAUUUGUCCUAUAUUUUACGAUUGCCUAGCACAGGGCCGAAGAUCGCACAAAAAUAUGUUACGAAUCCUGUUUUAUACAAAAGGCCGGAAAUUGGGAAAGUUAAGUUCGAUAUACGAUAUAUAGUGAUGCUUAAGCGUGUAAAACCUCUGAAGGUGUUUGCCUAUAAAAACUUUUUCUUAAGAUUUGCGAAUAAAGAGUUCGCUUUAAAUAAUUUCGACGUGUACGAGCAACAUUUCACGGUUAUGAAUUAUUCAGAGGACACGCCACUUUGUCACGUAAAGUGUGCGAACUUUAUCGUAGAAUGGCAGAAGCAGUACCCCGACUUUUCAUGGAAAGAAUAUGUCGAGCCAAAAAUCUUCCACGUAUUCAAGCAGGUUUUCGAGGCUGCAGUCCAGGAAAAACCACCGAAAGGAAUUGCGGAAAGCCCACAAAGCAGGGCUGUAUACGCGAUCGAUUUGAUGCUCGAGUGGAAUAAGAAAACGAUACAGCCCGUCUUAUUGGAAGUUAAUUUCGCACCUGAUUGUAAACGAGCUUGCGAGUAUUAUCCAAAUUUCUACAACGACAUAUUCAAAUGCCUGUUUCUGGACAUUAAUAAUCCCGAAGUAUUUCACGAUGUAUCCAUAUAA